AUGAUUCAGACGGUUCGGCGUGAACUUGACAAUCUAUUCGCAGUGCACAUGGCCAUAGCAGUCAUAACUGGGACUUUUUGCUUUCUAACGCCACAUUCGCUUAUGUCUCCCUUGCUUGGCGACAUUAACAAUUCGCACAUAGCACACGAGUUUGUGCGGCUUUACGGAGCAUUGACACUUGCGCAGGGAUGGAUGGUUUGGCGCACCCGGCUCGUGAGCGACGCGAUUAUUCGUCGGACAUUCUGCCAGGCUUAUUGUAUUUGCUUUCUGCUACAAGCGUUGGUGCUGCUACGAGCACAAAUCGCUUCGCCGGAGAACCACUCACUGCUAAAUUGGGUCAACAUUUUCUUGCUUGUGGCAUUGGGGCUGGCAUAUGGCUACUUCCUUGUCUUCAAGACAAUAAAAGCAUUCGAGUUGCCAGGCGUGGGGAGAGGUUUGCUUUAA